AAAAAGGCAGAGAGUUGCAGUCAAAGCAGAUACAGAAACAGAGCUUCCACGAGAAGUGUCUUUGCAACAAGAACAGAGUGUCUGAUCCUGAAGCCUGACUACCAUGCAGCAGUCGGCAUGGAGAAGCAUCCUGGUUAUGUUCAGCAUGGUGUGGACUCUCACCUCUGGCCAGCUGGGGGAUUGCUGGGAUCAAACGAAAUGCAAGGAGCUAUUCUCAACUCCGAAAGCGGUGGAAUGUAUUGAAGCCUGCAAGGUGGACAAGACACUUGAAUCUCCUGUCUACCCUGGAAAUGGCCACCUGCAGCCAAUUGAAGAAAGCAUCAGGAAUUAUGUUAUGGGUCAUUUCCGCUGGAACAAAUUUGGAAAAAAAAGAGGCAAUAACACUGAGAUUUCAGACAACAAACGAGAAGAUGAACCUGUUCGGAAUUUCCUGAACAACCUCCCUGUUGUAGAGUCCCAGACCUCUCAAAUAGAAGGUAAGGAGAUGGAAGCUCCAUUUCCAAGAGAGAAUGAUAAAAGAUCCUACUCUAUGGAACAUUUCCGCUGGGGAAAGCCGAUGGGCAGGAAGAGGAGGCCCGUUAAGGUGUAUCCAAAUAGUUUUGAUGAUGAGACAUUGGAGAGCAUUGGCCCUGAACUAAAGCGUGAAGCAUCUAUUGGUUUUGACUACCCAGUAAAGCCAAUUGAAGUAGAUGAAGAGGAGAUGCUGGAAGAUCUCAAGAAGAAAGAUGGGAAGAGUUACAAAAUGAACCAUUUUAGGUGGGGCAGGGGACCAAAGAACUUAGAUCUUGACCAUGUGCAUCUCCAGCCAUUGCAGUUUCUGAACAUUGAAGACGUGCUCCAGGAAAACAUGGACAGUGGUUUGCCUGAAGUAGAGGUGAAGAAAGAUGAGGAAGAUUACAAUUUCGGCCACUUUCGAUGGAGUGUACCAUUGAAAGACAGGCGCUAUGGAGGCUUUAUGAAGUCUUGGGAUGAGAGAGGUCAAAAGCCACUUCUGACUCUCUUCAGGAAUGUCAUUAUCAAAGAUGGCCAUGAGAAGAAGGCUGAAAAUCAAUAGAUAGAUAAUCCCCAAUGAAGAUUUUUAGCUGUAUGAUAUAGGAGCAGUACAUAGAUCUGCAAAAACAAUUGGUAAGAAGCUGUUGUUGAAACAGAAAGGAACCUGUACAAUCUAUCUUGUAAGGUUUACUGUAUGUAGCAAUUAAUAAAAGAGUUAAUAUUGUAUCUAAAGGCUUCAAUGAGUCUGCUACUCAAUCAUAAAGGCAUUUUCCUAUUUAAUGAGCUGUACAGUAUGUAAAUGAAGG